AUGACAGGGAGAGAACAUAUGACACACGAACGCCACGACCAAGAGUUGGACGAUGCUUCUAAUUCUGACUCCGGCGAAGGAGAUACCGUUCUAGCUCGCGGUUGGCCACGCCAUCACCGCAACCGUUCGGCCCUGUGUGGACCUCCCAAAACGGAUACCCUGGAGACGAGAUCCCGGCAGAUAUUCGAGGAUGGCUUGAUGAGACUGGCCAGCAUAAUGCCUAAGUGA